AAAUUUCAGAAUUCAACAUGCCUUCCCUUCUUGUAUUUGCUACUUCUCUUCUCAUUGUUCUCGUUGAUGCUGAGUUCAGCUCGAGCACUCAACAAUUCAUAGUUGACCUUCAUAACUCAUUCCGGUCGAAAUUGGCAACUGGAACUUACUCUAUAAAUGGAACAUUGAAGCCAGCAGGAAGUAACAUUAGAAAGAUGUCCUGGGACUCAACCCUCGCCACAUCUGCUCAAACCUACGCAAACACCUGCCCCACAGGAUUUUCAAACACUCAAGGAACCGGAGAGAACCUCUACUGGCGUACGACAUCUGCUAACAUCAGUGGACUUGAUAUUUAUGGAGGAGCCGCGUCUGUCUCGUGGGAGCAAGAGUUCCAGAAGUACGGAUGGGCAACCAACUAUUUCAGUCAGGAACUUUUUGAUACUGGAGUCGGAAAUGGAACUCAAAUGGCUUGGGCUAAAACGAAUCUUGUUGGUUGUGGUGUUAAGAAUUGUGGAAAAGAUUCGACUGGUCUCAAUAAAGUUGCAGUUGUAUGUCACUACAAGCCUCUUGGAAGAUACGUGGACCAAAUGAUCUACACCGCUGGCUUCACCUGUUCGCAGUGUCCAACAGGAACUUCUUGUGAUCAAACCACUGGAUUAUGCGCCUGAGUUUUAGUCCAACUACUGUAGAUUACUGUGAAAAAUUCCAUCUCGCCAUACAAAUGUAAUUUAUACAAUGAAACUGCCUACGUCUUUUUUUUUGAGAGAAUAAAUUUUGAUUGAAC